GGGUUCUGAAACCAACGUUUUUUUCAGAACUACCCCAACUCAUUUUAGGGAUUAUCAUUACACGGUGUUACCGCAACCCUUACGAUAUAGCAAGUUGCUUUUAAAUAGCCCAACAUUGUCUCAUACUUGUUUAUUACAUGAAUGUCAUCAAUAGACAUUAUGCAUUGACGUCAUCCAGCCGCCAUCUUUGAGGUCAAACGGUGACGAAACAAUCGAAACGCACAUAGAUUGGCCUAUGAACAACCUCCUUUUGACCUCAAGGCGAGGGCGCCGUACUGAAAUGACGUCAUGUGCAUAAGAACUAUACUUUUUAACUCUUCAGGAAAUACUAAAACAGAAGUACAAAGCAUAAAAUAUGAGAGGAUAAAAGAUUGAUUUACAGAUUAAGUUUCUGAAUAGAUUUAUCCAAUAUUGGUCUGCGUACAAUGAUUAUCUUCAGCUCGGGAUUAUAGUGUAGUUUGUAUGGAUUUCAAUGAUUUUACACAUACUAUUUUGGAAUUUAUUUAUCAAAAUGUGUUCUCAACAAUAAUUGUUUUGAAAAAAAGGAACAUUCAUUUUCGAAUUUUAACAUGUUUAAAUUUUUGUUUUAUUAUUUAGUUUGUAUCAAGUGAUGAUACUGGUAUACCUGCCUACUGCCUAUAAUACAUAUCUUCAUGCAAACCACAUUUUGUGCUAAUGAAAAGCGGUAACUACAAAUCCGUAAAUAGUGGAUUACCAAUCCGCACAGCAGAUUAAACUAAUCAGAGAAAAUGGAUAACCAACCAGAUAACUAAUUUCGGGUCAGAAUUGACCCGAUUCACUUUCAAAAACAUUUUACCGGUAAACGCGACGAACUGCUUUGAAAGCCACUGAAGCUUUUGCAAAGAAUCCGAAGCUGAAUGUUACUGCUUGAGCAACGUCUAGUUCCAUGACUGAGUUUGCCGUCCUGGCUGGUCAUAUUCACGGCGCAGCUAGGGCUGUAUAGUCUCCUGUCAAUGUGUGUAUAUUGGAAGUGAUGACACUCAUCUGGUGCAGUUUUUGCGAAAGGGUUAGUUCUGUACAUUUAUGAUGCUAGCCUCCUUCCGUUCGGUGUAGAAGUCUCUCCGAGAUAACAGGCAGCAGAUUAUUGUUUUUGAGCGUUUUUGAGACAAGACUAGUUCCUUAUUUUUUCUAGGCCGAUAGAGUUUGAUUCACCAGUGAGUGUUAGUCUCCUCUCCUCUCCUCUCGUUCAGUGUUCAAGUCUGUCGUCAUAGAGGAAAUCGUUGAUCUAGUAUGUGCUAUCCGAAGUCUUGAAGACACUGCGAAAGAUUUGAGACACAACUAUACGGUGAAGACGCACGGUAUGGGAUGUAAGUUACAUUCGGAGGAGUUCCAUGAUGUAGACAGCUUACAUGAUAGCUUUCCAGCUCAUACGGAUGGAUACUUAAGAUGCAUAUCCUGAUGGGCCAGCCCGGUCUACCGGAAUCCUUGUGUCAUACAUGUGCUCUGCUGCCGGGCCAUCCGCUCCUCCACGGUACCUACCUCGCUGCGGUGACCCGCUCACGUUGUCGUACACUGAGAACCGGUCUGUUUCAUCUCUACGUCCCUCCACAACAUGCGUCUCGAUAACUUGCUCUUUUGACAUGCAAGUUCCUACCAACUGUACUAUAACCACAACAAAGAUGAGGAUUAUUUCCAAGAUGACCAGGAUAUAAAAAGCAUUGAUUGGGAAGACGAACCACGCCAUGAUAAAGUAUCUCAAUAUCAAUCUGAAAAGGCAGCCACUAAAACCCAAUCCAACGAAUUCGGUUGCACGCCACUCGUUUUCCAAAUACUUGAAUACACACCUAUCACCAGCCACUACUACAUGGAAAUACUUGUGUGCAGAAUAGUCCGUACACUCUUAUAUUUACGUUUUCCCCCUUUCUUGAUAACAAUGGCAUGUGUGGCUUCCAAACAUAUUGCAAGGUCAAAGUUAAUAUUUGAAUAUGGCAGUUUUCAAAAACUUUGAGUUUUUCCCAUUGCAAAAGAUUUACGUACUUCCGUGUGAGCACCACAGGUUACAGGUUGACAUACAUCAAGUCUUUGUACUUGAUUUGAAGUUUUUCAGUGCUAAAAUGUUGUCCAAUAAUAUAAGAUAUUUUGAGGACCUACAAAAUAGUAAUGAGGCAGUUGCUAAAUGUUCUCCAUAAAGGGGGUACCCACUCAAGCUGCGUUUGUGAUUAGAUGGUGAAAUACAUAGGAAUGCUCUGAAGCCCCGCCCCUUUCAAACUAAACCGAGCUGGAAAAGGCAAUUUUUAGAUUUCUACACACACUUUUUUUUCGCUGGAAAGGCAUGCAUUUACAAUGAGAUGUUCGGGUAGCAAAUGAGUGCAUCAAUCUUAAAGCGUGUGUUUCUUUAUAGUUUCAAGACGGAAUUCUUGAAUAACCAGCACUUUUGGAUGGAGUAAAAAUCAACAAAUUAUAAACUACGAAAAAGAGUAACAAUUAUUCAACAAAUUAUAUGGCGAACCAUUCAUUCAGUUACAUAAACAUUAAUAUUCUGAGUUUAGUAAAAGAUAGAAUUACUAAGUAUCUCUGACGUAAUUCUUCCUAUCCAUCCAACAUCAUACCGUCACUCAAUUGUUAUUAUUGUUCUCCUUCACUGAAAGCAUGGCCCUCACGUUCGCGUAGACACUUUCUCCACCGUCGUUUCCGUCUCCAACCACCGGGGCGAUAGAGCUUUUUUGACGGCCUAGCUCCUCCUCCUCGCAUCCCAUGCCGUAGCGAGAUUUCCUCUGGCAGACUUUACGGACGAAAAAGAUUUGCCAAAUCGCUAGACAUGUGAUCAGGAUGAUCUCAAGCAGAAUCAGUGAGUAGAACACAGCAAGAGGACCUUCGAACCAUCCCAUGAUUGCUGAUGUGAAGGAGGACCACAAUGGAAAUAAGCUUUUUAAUUUCUGUGUGUUAUCCUCGACAAUUCCUCAGAUCCCACUGUAUUUUAUGAUUAUUGUAUGUAUUUUACUUGUCUUUGUCCACUUGCUGUCUUUUAAAGAAUGAAGUGGAAAUUGUCUUUAACAACAAGGAGGAUCAAGGUGCAGUUACUUUUGCAGAGGAUGAUAAGCUCCUGUUCCGGACAGUGUUGUUGUACUACUCCAAGACGUCUCACCGUUUCUUCGUUUUUACUCAAGCAACUGUUUGACCCAAGUAGAACAAGUUCGUUGGCACUAUUCUCUUGCUCUAUCGAUAUGAGAUGCUGGCCCCAGUAUGUUGGUGAUUGCAAUGCUCCUGUGACUUGCUUCUUCUCCAAUAUUCUAAGAAGUCUCACCGUUCCGUCCUCCCGGUCAAUAAGUUCCAAUCCCUCUUUGACUCGGUCGAGUGUUCGUCUUGGUGGAUGAGAUUCUCGGAGACUUGCUCUAUCGACUCUUAGAUGACACUAGAACUGGGGGCCUUUUUCUUGUUUAUUUAUACUGUGUACAUACAGCACAGAUGAAGAGUCAUAAAGGCUAAGGAGAUGCUGGUCCAAGUAUAGUGGUGAUUGCAAUGUUUAACUUGCUUAUCCAGAUCUCCUAUUCUAACUACUGUAAACUGAAAAUGUUUUUCAAUCGCUGCACGACCACGAUGUUCAGAGUCUCAGAUGUUCUCUAUGAAACUAUUUUAAAUAUCCUCUUUCCUUUUCAGAUUCUCCUUCCUCACACUCCGUUAAGGAUAUUGGCUCUUUUCCAUAUCCUCCACACUGUUAAACCUUAGUCACUGAAUACCAUGAGAUGUGUUCAAAAAGUAACCCUGGGAACUUUUAAACACAUUGACGGACAAACACAAAGCAAACAAAUGUGUUUUGUAAAACUCAGCUGGAAACUUUCUUUUUGUUAAACCAAUAACGAUUAGGAAAACAUCACCAGCGUUUUUAAUGAUCAGAAAAUAAACUAUGUGAUGUUUUCUUAGUGCAACUGAUGGAAUAAAAACAUAAAGGCUUCUGUUGAACCAAAUCCUAUACAAUAAAUGAGCAACCAAGCAAAAGAUAACCGAUCAUUAAUUAUAGAAAAUACCUAUCGCCAUCUUUGCCAAUUACGAAGCUUAUUGCUCAUGACGUCACGGAGGUAGGGUGGCCUACCACAGAGAUAAGCAAGGUUCGCAGCUAGCAAGAGACCAAAAUACAACUAUGCUUAGACUAACCAGGACCAAAAAGAAGGGUUUGAUUAGAAUCAGUGACGUAGUAAAUACGGGCUAAAAACACAAAAUCCAAGAUGGCCGCCGUACAUGACUUUUUUUAUUUUAUUUUUUAUUUUAUAUAUAAGGAGCAAAUGUGAACAAUAGCCCAACAGACAUUGACAUGGUCAAUGAACAGAAUGAAAAAAAGAAGAACUCUGAAGGGCUAAUCAAAUGGUUCACUGCAGCUCAGAUUUUGAACUCCACAAUGCUCAGAACGUGAUCACAUGACACACACCUGCCAUAUUCUUAUGAAACAAAUUCAACAAGUGUACAUUCCUUGUUCAAAAAGACACACACACACAAACUAAAUGAAUAAAAUCACUAGAAACGUUAAACAUGUUUGACCAAACGGUUGUUAUGGUUACAGCUAACCUCAACUAUAUUAUUUAUAUCUUUAAUGACCCCACAUAAAAAAAUGUUCAUAACUUUCAGAAUAUUUGAUGGUGGGUAGAUACAGCGUUAAAAUGGUGCGAACAAAACAUAUAUUGUUUGGGCAUAUUGUAGUCACCAGUCCUGAUGGGGUUAAAGCGAUUGAAAAACACGUGUCCAGUAACUAAUUUUACGUUAUUUCGCUUUUUGGUGGCAGACAAGUGCAAAUUGCAAUGAAGCUUGUAAUUCACAAGGCUUCGCAGCACACUCAUACGACUUGGUCAAGUCUAACCAUGUCCAGAGUGCGAAUGAAGUACCCUGUGUUUUUUGUUUACAAUAAGAACCCGAAAGCUUGAACCGUUUCAAUCGAUAAUCAAACAUAAUAGACGGGGGUCAUCAAGUAAAUGGUACAGGGUUACAGUACGAGAUUCCAAUAGUGCACUCAGUGCAAAGUCCUGAACCAUAUAAUGUAUGUAUGUGAAACUCCAGUCUAGAUGUGAUAUGUUGAUGUGAUGGUAUACUGCUUUGGAGCUGUAUUGUCAGAUGCAGAGUCAACCAUAUUGGAUUGGAGUCAUUGUUAAUUGUCUUUCUAAAUGUCAGUUUCAAGGACAGUGUUGAGCUAUAGUGGAGCAGCGCCAUGAUGUACAUGACAUGUAGGUUUUAAUGUACACCUAUAAAACCUGCUGUAAGAAUGUCACACUGUUGACCCUGCGUUUCUACGUCGUGACUUAUAUUUCAGUUGUCAUAUCUAAUCAUCCUCCAGCUGACACAUAGAUCUACACAAUGGACAGUAGCAAUAACUGAGUCACUUGAAGAUAUUACACUGGUGUUGUUGAGUAUCGGUGCACCAUCCCCAUUCCACAGAGACGCUGUCAUCCAGGUCACCUUAAGGUACUGUACAAAACUUGCUCACUGUUGGUUUCCGUUGGAAGAAAAUAAACCUCAUUCAAGAACUGAUAGAAAUUGUGACGGUAGACAGAGUGUAAACCUGUAGACACUGGAGAUGUAGAACCUGGAUGGAAGAGCUUCUAACUACCCAUCAAGACAGCCAUGUUGCUCCUUUGAAGACCCGGAAGUAGAACCAUCAGCGGCCAUGACAGUUGUCAGAGGGCUCUUCUAGUCCAACUUGAUACAGCAAAAGUCAUGACUCCCUGGGCAGCUAUCGUCUUUCUUACCAUCGCCGCCAUUUUGCUUAUAUUGGUCAUUGCAAGAACAAUCUACCGUUGUUUCACUUAUCACGGGUGUUGCAAGACGGAAGAGAACUCGGCGAGUCUAAUGAAGGGGAGGUCAACAAGCCGUAAGAGUGACUUCUUUGAGAUGGAGGUUGAAGAACCGCCAAAGCUUGAUUCGACACUGGAGCCUGAACCGGACCCAGACCCCCUGGCAGCGGAGAUCUUGGCUCUCCAACUUGAGAAGGAGAAAUUGAAUGAACUUCUUUUCGAUCCAGAGAAGCAGCAUGCCGUGGAUGAGUAUGACCCACAUGGGUAUUAUUCCCAACUAUCAGUGGUUGGUGAGGACAGCAAUGCUGGCUACGAUGAACCGGAUCGGAAAGUCAGAAAGCCCAAAACGGAAUCAAGCCCAACUGCGAACAUUUGCAUCAAUCCACCACCAGAAUCAAACCAGACAAACCAUCAGCUCCCAACUCUCCAAGAAGAAUCUAAAACUUAUCAGGAGCUAGAUUUGAAAGACGUGUCUCCGCACACGGAGGACUUUACAGCUUUAGUUUUCAAUGACAACCCGGAACUUCAAAACGGAACUGAGAAUCCGAACUUUGAGGUAGACUCAUCGGAUUCGGAACACUCCUACGAGAUAACGAUUGCGACAGUGUAACAACUGGGGAUCAAUAACUUGAACAUGGAAUUGACUAUUCUUUAUUUGAUCCAAGGCUACUUUAAAUGCAAAAUACUUCUCUGUUUGUUUGCCCACAGUUUAGUUUAAAGAAGUAUGGAUUUUUUUUUCCAAAACCUCUUUAAGCUAGCCAAAAUUAACGGCUACGGCUAAGUCAUUACGUUAACAUGAGUGGAAGCAGAUGUUAUAACAUCUUUAGCAACAGCCACAGCCGCAAAUAAAAAAGUGGCCUCAAAUAAAGGUUUUCCUUAUCAUGUUCGGCACAAGAGCAA